CCGGCGGUCUUUUUGAUUCCUUAAUUGUUUAGCAACGUUCAACUCACUGUUUAUACUUACCAGGCAAGAUAUUUAGAAAGAGGGAGACUGUUGUGUUCAAAAACGUAAAACAGUUUGUAACGAAGUAAAAAUAAUUACCUGUAUGCCAUGUUAGUUAACAUCCACGAACUCGGACAUUUGUCAACAUUAGUUCAGAUUCUUCGGUAUGACCUCGGGUCCUCAAAAGAAAAAAAGUUACCUGGGACAACAUCAGAUCAAAAGGAAAAUAAGCAUCAAAGGUAAUGAUGGCCCAACGGAGGGAGAGGGACAUCUGCAGAAUACGUGCUAUUUGUCAGACAAAACAAGCACGUUGCACAACGUUAGCAGAAAUGGAAGCGUGGCUAAAGGUGCUGUGCUGCCGCUGGGGGAAUCCUCAUUAGCUCUUGAUGAAGAGAUGCUGCAGAUUUUGGAUGCUGCUGAUCCUGGGCAGCCUGUUUGUUCAGUAACAGUAAACAGGCAUGUCCAGAAAGAACCAGGUUCUUUAGCUGCCUUUGCUCCUCCGCAACCACUUGGACCAGCUGCACAUGAAAUACAGAAGAGCGAUUUAUUGCAGACGAGGGGCACGGGAUCUCUACUGCUCACGGGUGGGAGACCCAAUGGAGCCCCUCAUUCACAGGACAGUAACUGUAAGAGACCCGGAUGGAACCCCUCCUGUGGAGACCUUGCUCAGAAGCUUCUCUUCAGUGAAGGCUAUGUGGAGGUGGAUCAUCCUCAAAAGGAUCAAGAAAACCUUCAUUCAAGAUCUGCUUCCGUCUCUGUCAAGCCUCUGUCUCAUCAGAAUCCGUUAAACAGCCAGGAAGUUGGAAGCUCCAGCAAGCGGACUCACAGAAGCAAAAGCUCUCCCAGCAACAAUGAAUGUCAGUCAGUGAGGAGUGCUGAUCAGCCUUCAGAUGCAUCCAGGGACUACAUCUUGUUCAGCCCCACACGUCUCGCAGCGGCAAUGAAGAGGGCCAAACUUCAGCAAUCCUUUCAGAAUCAAUCCACCUCUGUGCUCACGAUCCCCAGUGGGCUGGAGCUCAGCACUCUCAACGAAACUCUACCUCAACCAGGCAUCGCUUUGUGCGCCCCGCCGGAGCAAGCCGAGAAGCUGCUGCUCUCCAGCUGGGGUUUGCCCAAGCCUGUUCUGGAGCGCUACCGGAAACAUGGGGUGACUCAGAUGUUUGACUGGCAGGCUCAGUGCCUCACCGUUGGAAAGGUGCUGGAGGGGGGGAACCUGGUGUACUCGGCCCCCACCAGCGCCGGCAAAACUCUGGUGUCAGAGCUGCUGAUGCUCAAGCGUGUGCUGGAGACCAAGAGAAAAGCUCUCUUCAUCCUGCCCUUUGUGUCUGUGGCCAAAGAGAAGAUGUACUCCCUUCAGAGUGUGUUUGAAGAGGCAGGAGUUCGUGUGGAGGGCUACAUGGGCAGCAUCUCGGCUGUUGGAGGGUUCACAACGCUGGAUGUGGCCGUCUGCACCAUUGAAAAAGCCAACUCUCUCAUCAAUAGACUCAUCGAAGAGGAUAGCAUGGAUCUGCUAGGUAUGGUGAUUGUGGAUGAGCUGCACAUGGUGGGAGACUCUGGAAGAGGAUAUCUGCUGGAACUGCUCCUGACUAAAAUCCGCUAUAUUGCACAGAAACGGAACACCACAGGAUCUCUCUCUGAGGGCGUUCAGAUCAUCGGCAUGAGUGCCACUUUGCCAAACCUGAGUCUGUUGGCGAGAUGGUUAGGGGCAGAGCUUUACCAGACAGACUACAGACCCGUACCCCUCCUGGAGCGUCUUAAAGUGGGCUGCAAUAUCUACGAUAAGAGUCUUUCUGUGGUCCACCCGUUCACCCCAUCUCUCCAUGUUAAGGGUGACGAUGACCACAUCGUGAGCUUGUGUUACGAGACUGUGAGCGAGGGCCACUCUGUGCUCCUGUUCUGCCCUUCCAAGAACUGGUGUGAGAAACUGUCGGAUUCCAUCGCCAGAGAGUUCCACAACCUGAGACAGACCGAUGGCGGCGAGGCUGACCCCCAGCCGGUGUGUCUGAAUCGGGAUGGACUGGCGGAUGUGAUGGCCCAGUUGAGACGAACUCCGGCCGGUGUAGACCCCAUCCUCCAGCGCACCGUGCCGUGGGGGGUGGCCUUCCACCAUGCUGGUCUGACAUUCGACGAGCGUGACGUGUUGGAGGGGGCUUUUCGUCAGGGCUUGAUCAAAGUGCUGGCGGCCACCUCCACCCUCUCCUCGGGGGUAAAUCUCCCGGCUCGCAGGGUCAUCAUUCGAACGCCAACUUUUAACGGCCACACGCUGGACCCGCUCACGUACAAGCAGAUGGCGGGACGGGCGGGGAGAAAAGGAGUGGACACCACAGGUGAAAGUGUGCUGGUGUGUAAGGAAGCAGAGCGCCAGAAAGGCAUCAGCCUCCUAAAAGGUGCUCUUCAGCCAAUCAGCAGCUGCUUAAUGAGAAGGGAAGGUGAAGGCGUCACAACCAGCAUGCUACGCGCCAUCCUGGAGAUAAUCGUCGGUGGUGUGGCCAGCACCCCACAGGACGUGGAGUCCUAUGCUUCAUGUUCACUUUUAGCUGCCAGCAUGAAAUCUGACAGCAAGAAGGAAUCUAAUGAAGAGACCAACAAAGGCGCUAUUGAGGCCUGUGUUGAAUGGCUGAUGGAGAAUGAAUUCAUCAGUAUUCAGAAAGAAGGGGAAGAUGAGCGCUACUGUCCGACCCAACUCGGUGCCGCCACACUCUCUUCAUCCCUUUCUCCUCCUGAGGCUCUCGGAAUAUUUGCAGAUCUCCAGCGGGCCAUGAAGGGCUUUGUGCUAGAAAAUGAUUUGCAUGUUCUAUAUCUGAUCACUCCGCUUUAUGCGGAGUGGACUACCAUAGACUGGUACCAGUUCUUCUGUCUGUGGGAGCAGCUGCCAUCAUCGAUGAAAAGAGUGGCAGAGCUGGUUGGUGUCCAGGAGGGCUUCCUUGCACGAUCCGUCAGUGGCAAACUCGUUGCCAAGACAGAAAAGCAGCGUAGACAGAUGGCCAUUCACAAACGGUUUUUCACCACUCUUGUCCUACAGGAUCUGGUAAAUGAGGUCCCUUUGGGAGCUGUUGCAUCUAAGUACAACUGCAAUCGCGGGCAGCUACAGUCCCUCCAACAGUCUGCCUCCACAUAUGCAGGCAUGGUGACGGUUUUCUGCAAACGGCUGGGCUGGCACAACAUGGAGCUGCUGUUGUCUCAGUACCAGACCAGGCUGAGCUUUGGGGUCCAGAGAGAGCUGGUGGACCUGGUCAGGGUGUCCCUUCUAAACGCAACUCGAGCCAGAGCGCUCUACGCCCAAGGCCUGCGUACCGUGGCCGAGCUAGCCAGGGCUACUGUCGCUGAUGUGGAGAAAGCCUUGCGUAAUGCCAUCCCAUUUAAGAGCUCCAAGCGCGCCGUGGACGAAAGCGAAUCGGAGGCGGCGGAGAGGCGAAAGCUCCGCUGUGUGUGGGUCACAGGCGGCAGGGCCCUCACAGAGGAGGAGGCAGCCGUCGAAAUCGUGUCCGAGGCGAGGCUCCUUCUUCAGGAGGACCUGGCCCAGUUGGGAGUCCAGUGGGAGCCGGCAGCACUGACGCCGGGGGGCGCCUCGACCGGCUCUGGUCUGGACCCAAAUGGUGAUGUACAGACGGAGAGCGGCGAGGGGGUUCCAAAGGGAAGGAAAAGGAAGGGCCAAGCCCCCGUUAAGCAUCGCCAGGGCGGCGAGAAAAACGACAAAGAAAAGGGUGAAAUGGUUGAAAAGAGAAGAGAGCAAGAAGCCAGAAAGGAAGCAGUUCAAGGGAAGGCAAAUCAAUCAGAGCACAGCAGCACAGAAAAACUUGAAGCAAAAGCAGAAGAUAGAGAGUCGGAGCUAGGAGGAGAGACUAAACCUGUGGAUAAUCGGACCGAACGGCCUGCUCCUGAAAGGAGCUUGACACAGGAGUUGGCUGAGAUUGUGUCCAGCCCCGGGCUGGAGCUGCCCCCACGGCCUCGGCCCCCUCGCUCCCCGGCGCCACCCCCGCGAUUCAGAGCCCCCACGUCCCGGCGAGAAAGACGACAGAGCGCGUCUGCCCCCGCCGAAAAGGAGGGCCUCCCAGCGCUUGCCACCUCUCCCCCGGGGAGACUCAAGCACUCCAGAGCUCUAAGCAGAAUCCUCCAGUCCAUGAAAACGGACAAAAGCCCACCAGGCGACGACACCCCGCGCUCGGAAUCGGCGGGGAUCUCCCCAGCUCCAUCUGCUCAGGCGGCCUCUGCACAAAGCAACCCUCGGGCCUCCACGCCGUCAGCCCCUCCGGCCCCGUCCGCCUCAUCCUCGCCCGAGUCCAAGCGGAGGCGGGUCGGAGCGGCAGGGCUCGACGAGUUCUCGUCGCCCGAGCUGUACGGCGGCGACACGGCGCAGCAAGCCGAGGCGCGGGCUGACGCGGGCGAGGAAAGUUUCGGGGACAGCUUCGAACUGGACACCCAGACGGAGAGAAUAAUCAUCCAGCAGACACGCAGAGACCAGAGCGACGGAGGCCCGGCCCAACCGCAGCAGGAGGCGAGAAGGGAGGAGGCAGCUGUACAGCCAGAGAUCAGCCAGGAUAAAGGCUCAGACACAACCUCCCCCAGAUUCAAUAUUUCUCUCACAGACAGCCAGAUGGAGCUCAUCCUCAACACCAGCCAGCGGAUAUCCCCAGUUGCUAGCGAUGAGGCGGAUGAGGAUAGAAAUGAAGGGGAGCUUGACGAGCAGCUCCCCAAAGCUAACCAGGCUGCCACAGACAGUCCCAACAGGAGCAGCAGCUUCCUGUUCGACAGCAUGUACGACAGCCCCCCCGCCGCGCCGCCCAGGCCGCAGCCUGCGCCCGACCCGCCGGGCGACGAGGAGCCUGCCAGCCAGGAGGCCGGAGCCCAGGGCCUCCCCCCGGCGGCCCACCAGAGACGACGCAGCGAGCUUCUCGCCAACCAGGAAGCCGAGCAGCACGAGGCGGUGCAGUGGGGCGAGUCCUCCUUUAACCUGUCGGAGUGGGGCGACUCGCUUCUGGUCGGCGAGCACUUCCUGGAGAGGCAGAGCCUGCUGAGGCUCGCAGAGAGGGCUGAAAGAGAGGACGAGGGGCAGCGGCCAAACACAGGCCGCCAAAAGGAGGGGGACGCCGUUGAUAAAGACCUGGGUCCAGGUCAGAGCCGUGAAGACGGAGAAACGGCAAGACAAAAAAAGGAAAUUACAAGUGAGGGGGAAGAAAAAGAAGUAAUGGAGGCUUUGUUUUCAGAUAACGCAAAACAUCAACAUGUGGGAAAUGCAGCAGAGACUGCAUUUCACUGUAGUCCAGGUUUACAGGACAUCUUUGACCGCUGGCCUAGCAUGACUGACCAGCCUGCCCAUACGGCCAAUCAGACGCAGGCCGCCGCUGCGAACACAGCCGGCGUCCCGCCGUCGACUCCCGACUCCCGGACAGGACGGCCCUCAGAAAGUGAAAAAGGGAACGGAAAGGAGAGACCAGGCUCGGCUUGUGACCUCAUUCCCCCAACCCAGGAAACGCCCCCUGUCACCGCCAGGGUUAAGCUGACCACCUCAUCUGUCCAAAAGACUAUUGCCACUGGCCCGCGUGGACAGUCAACUCCCUUUGUACCCCGUCAACAGGAAUCGCUGAACACAAAAUGUACCACGUCCCACACAGAAAACCAUGACCAUCCGUCAGCAGCCCUUUCUGCCUUUGACAAGAAAAAGGCGUCAAAAAAGCCUCCAAAAAAGGAACCGGAGCCCGUUCCACAACCCGGCUCGAACACAGAACCGUCGCCACAGGAUCCCCUCCAUCCCGCAGAGCCUGCUUCCCCUUCCUCCCCCCAGCCGCGGCCUCCCCCUGCCGCAGAGUCCCCCGGGUGUCCCGAGGGCUUUGCUCUCCGGCUGUCCCAGGAUGCGCCGCCCAGCUCCAGCCACCCCCGGACCUUCUCCAUCAUAGACGUGGCCAGCGACAGGCGCCUCUUCCACACCUUCGCCCAAGAGUGGAAAACGAAGAAGCGAUACUCUGUGGCUUUGGCCUGCCAGAGGGAGGAGCGCAGACCGCAGCCCGAGGCGGAAAUGGAAGCGAAACACAAGAGAGCGUCAGCAGCGCAUUCCAGGCUCGAGGCGGCCGGCGGUUUUCCAGUGAGAGACAGAAAAGGACUUGUUUUAAUCGGACUGUCCGUGUGUUGGGGAGCGAGAGACGCGUACUACGUAUCUCUGCAGCAGGAGCAGAGCCCAGGCUUGAGCGCCAGCCUGGCCCCUCCCCCGCUGGACGACGACCUGCCGGUGAGCGAGAGGCUGGAGCAGGUGAGGGCCAGUCUGAGCGGCCGGCCAGCCGGUCACCAGGUGGUUGCAUACGACAUCAUCGAGGUGUACAAGACGUUAGUGCUGAGCUGCGGCAUCGGCCUGGAGGGAAAUUGUGAAGAUCCAAAGGUUGCAUGCUGGCUGCUGGAUCCGGGCAGCGAGGAGAGGACUCUUCCCAACAUGGUGACCGCCUACUGCCCUGAGGAGUUACCUCUGCUGGACGGGCUCGGGAGCGCGCAUUCGCACUGUCCUCGAGUCAGGGCGGCGACCGUCAGCGUGCUCGUCCACGCCGCCAUGGACCAGCUCACCGGCCUGUUGGAGGAAGAUGGCACGCUGGAUUUCUUCAGGAGAAUCGAGAUGCCCUCCCAGGUCAGCCUGGCCCUGCUGGAGCUGAACGGCAUCGGCUUCAGCGUGGAGGAGAGCGAGAGACAAAAACACGUGAUGCAGGCCAAACUCUCCGCCCUGGAGUCCGAAGCUUACAGGCUGGCUGGACACAGCUUCUCCCUGACCAGCACCGACGACAUAGCGCAGGUGUUGUUCCUGGAGCUCCACCUGCCUCCAAACGGCGACGUGGGCGAGUUGAGAAUCAAGAAGACUCUGGGCUACACCAGGAGAGGCGGCGGCAGGACGCGGCUGGGGAAGCAGUUCAGCACCACCAAGGACGUUCUGGAGAAGCUCCGCCCCCUGCACCCGCUGCCUGGAAUCAUCCUGGAGUGGCGGCGGAUCACCAACGCCUUGACCAAAGUGGUGUUCCCCCUGCAGAGGGAGAAGCAGCACCACCCCGCCUUGGACAUGGACAGAAUCUACCCCGUCGCCCAGACCCACACCGCCACAGGUCGAGUGAGCUUCACUGAGCCCAACAUACAGAACGUCCCCAAAGACUUUGAGAUCCGCAUGCCCACUGUGGUGGGCGAGAGCCCACCCUCACAAAGCGGCUCCCACCGGACCACCAAAGCAGGGUGGGUCAAAGAAAUGAGCGGUUGUUGUAAAUAUGUUUCAGGAGGAGGAGGAAGUCCUCUGCGCUGCCCCCAGUUACAGCUGGAACUCCAGAACGAGGCCCGUCCUUCUCCGUCAGCAUGCGCCACGCUUUCGUCCCUUUCUCAGGUUUGCGAUCGAACUCCAGCCGGCCUUUUUGGCGGGAUGAUUCUGGCGGCCGAUUACUCCCAGCUGGAGCUGAGAGUGCUGGCUCACCUCUCCAAAGACCAGCGGCUUCUGCAGGUGCUGAACGGGGGGGCAGACGUGUUCCGCUGCAUUGCCGCGGAAUGGAAAAGCAUCGACCCGCAGUCGGUGCACGACGGCCUCAGGCAACAGGCAAAACAGAUUUGCUACGGCAUCAUCUACGGAAUGGGAGCGAAGUCUCUCGGGGAGCAGAUGGGAGUGGAGGAGGAUGAUGCGGCCUGCUACAUCGAGAGUUUCAAAGCCAGAUACAAAGGGAUCAACGCGUUUCUUAAACAGACUGUGAAGAACUGCACUAAGGAUGGCUACGUUCAGACGCUCAUGGGCCGCCGGAGAUACUUAGCUGGGAUCAGCAGCACCAACGCGCACGCCAAAGCCCACGCGGAGCGCCAAGCGGUCAACACCACCGUCCAGGGCUCAGCGGCCGACAUAGUCAAGCUGGCCACCGUGAACAUCCAGAAACGGCUGCGGACCACGUACCCGGCGGUGCCGCCGUCCCACCGCCACGCUCGCACAGGCCCCGGGCGGCGCAGGGCCGGAGCGGCCCGGCUCAGGGGGGGAUACUUCGUGCUGCAGCUGCACGACGAGCUCAUCUACGAAACCGCAGAGGAGGACGUCAUACAGGUUGCACAGAUCGUGAAGAGGGAGAUGGAGUCAGCCGUCAAACUGUACGUGAAGCUAAAGGCCAAAGUCAAAGUGGGAUCCAGCUGGGGCAACCUGGAGGACCUCGAUAUAUGA